AUGCCUUUUCCAGGUAAUCAGCUGUCAACAACAUCAACAACUCAAACACCGCCAACUCCAGACUCCCCAACCACAAAUACCGAAAACAACACAUCGAAUUAUAAUAACACCGACAUCUUUCUUGCGGUUCCAAGUAAUUUAACACCAGACAGCUCUUCGAUAGACACGGUGGUAAACACUUCCUCGGUGUCAAGUGAUGAACGCUUUCACAAAAGGCGCAGAACUUUAUCGCUAUACUCUUUGGCCCGGGAAACUACCAUAAGAAAUCCGUUUGCUUUCAACGUUGGAAUUUUAGGGAAUUUGGUGGAUCAAAAGGAUUUACGUCUUUUAAGAAAUAUAGGGGGGUUAGAUGGUCUGGACAUAACGGGUCUGGACGAUACCGAGCUCAUGGAACUGCUACCUCAAGGGCAUGAUUCAGACGUAAUAGGAAAAUCUUCAGAGGAACCCCCUCCCCUGAAAAUCACAACCGAAAUCCCGAAAGAGGGUACAAAAUUUUAUGAGAGAAUAAGAGUUUUCGGGAGAAAUGUAUUGCCGCAGAAGAAGCCAAAAUCAAUUUUCCGGUUGAUGUGGCUGGCCAUGCAAGAAAAAAUUUUGAUUCUACUGACGAUAGCCGCGGUCAUCUCGCUGGGAUUGGGACUGUACCAGGAUUUCAAAGUCGAUCAAGGCCUGUCACAGCCGAAGAUUCGGUGGGUCGAGGGAGCGGCCAUCAUAGUUGCGAUUGUCAUCGUGGUGAUGGUGGGCAGCUUGAAUGACUGGCAGAAGGAACGUCAAUUUCAAAAGUUGAACAACAAAAAGGAAGAUCGUGUGGUCAAGGUAAUUAGGGACUCCAAGGAGGCCCUUGUGUCGGUACAUGAUAUAUUGGUCGGCGAUAUCCUACCGCUAGAGCCCGGUGACAUAGCCUCCGCAGACGGCUUGCUGGUGUCCGGGUAUAAUUUGAAAUGCGAUGAAUCGACCUUCACCGGGGAAAGUGACUCUGUGCGAAAGAUGAAAUACGAUGAUUGCAUGAAGGAACUGUUGAAUGAGGAGAGUGGUUCAUCAGAACAUCCUCAAAGUAAAAAGCUUGAUCCUUUUAUAAAAAGCGGAAGUAGAGUGUUGGAAGGCGUGGGUACCUACGUCGUGACUGCUGUAGGCGAGAACUCAUCCCACGGAAAAAUAAUGAUGUCACUGAGAACUGAUGCCGAAGACACCCCACUACAAGUGAAACUGAACGAUCUUGCAGAAAAAAUAGCGAAAAUGGGAGGUGCCGCAGCCUUACUUAUGCUCCUGGUUCUGUUGAUCAAAUACUUUGUUGGUUUUCGUAACGGCGUACCUUCGACCGCCUCGGUGUUUGAAAGUCUAAUACAGAUUCUGAUCUCAACUGUUACCGUGGUAGUGGUGGCAGUCCCGGAAGGAUUACCAUUGGCCGUGACACUCGCGCUCGCCUAUGCAACAACGCGCAUGUUAAAGGAUAACAAUCUCGUGCGCGUGCUUUCAGCUUGUGAAACCAUGGGUAACGCGACGACCAUAUGUUCCGAUAAAACCGGUACUCUCACGCAGAACAAGAUGACCGUGGUGGUUGGAACAAUAGGCUUAGAUGCCUCAUUCGUAAGAGAUUUCGGGGAACAAGGGAUGAUCCAUCCACACAAGAAUGGCGAUAACAUAGUCUUCCAGAAGAAGGCCGUUUCGGGAGCCAUUCUGAGAAUACUGGAAGAAUCGAUUUCUAUAAAUACCACAGCUUUCGAAGGAGAUCCGGUAAAUGGUCGACCCAAUUUUAUAGGCUCGAAAACAGAGACAGCGUUAUUGGAAUUUAUAAUUGACCUGAAACUCCGAGACUACAAAGAACUGAGAUCAAACGCCGACGUUGUUCAGAUGUUCCCAUUUAGCUCCGAACAUAAGGCGAUGGGUGUGGUUGUGCGUGAGGGUGGAUCGAGUUGGAGGUUCUUUGUGAAAGGCGCGAGCGAGGUAUUGCUGAGUAAAUCGGAGUUUAUUAUAGACACUGAUGAUGAUGACAAUGUAGUCAAUAUGACACAAGAGAACAGAAAGGUGAUUCGAGAAAAAAUAGAAGACUAUGCCCACCAAAGUCUGAGAACUAUUGCACUAGGAUACCGUGUCUUUAAGGAGUGGCCACCAUCGGGAAUAGUUACAAGUGAUGGUGAGAUUGCCUUUGAGAGGUUAGUUGAGGAGAUUACACUGUUGGGCAUUAUGGGUAUUGAGGAUCCAUUAAGAGAAGGGGUACGUGAGGCUGUGCAAGACUGUCACAGGGCAGGCGUGAAAGUUCGCAUGGUCACCGGUGAUAAUGUCUUGACCGCGAAAUCUAUUGCCACAAAGUGUGGAAUCUAUAAUGGCGGCACAAUUAUGGAAGGUCCGGAGUUUCGCAAUCUAUCACCGGAAAAGAUGAAACAGGUGAUACCUGGACUACAGGUCCUGGCGAGAUCUAGCCCGGAAGACAAGAGAACCCUGGUAGGAAAACUUCGGGAAUUAGAUGAGAUCGUUGCUGUGACGGGUGAUGGGACUAACGACGGACCGGCAUUGAAAACAGCCGAUGUAGGAUUUUCCAUGGGAAUCGCGGGGACCGAGGUUGCAAAGGAGGCGUCCUCCAUCAUUCUGAUGGACGACAAUUUUUCUAGUAUAGUGAAAGCAAUCAUGUGGGGACGUAGUGUGAAUGAUUCCGUCAAGAAAUUCUUACAAUUCCAGCUGACGGUCAACAUCACAGCCGUAUUACUUACAUUCAUUUCGGCCAUAUCUAGUGACGAAGAGAGAUCGAUAUUUACCGCCGUGCAAUUACUGUGGAUAAAUUUAAUUAUGGACACAUUUGCUGCAUUAGCACUGGCAACCGAUCCACCAACACCAGAUCUAUUGGAUCGUAAUCCGGAACCUAGAAAUGCACCUCUAAUUUCCUUUGACAUGUGGAAGAUGAUCAUCGGACAAAGUAUAUUUCAAUUGGCAAUGAUUUUGGUGUUUUUGUACGCCGGAAAUGAGAUUCUAGGUUAUGAUACAGCCGAAGAACAAUCUGGAUUGAACACACUUCUCUUCAACACUUUUGUUUUCCUGCAGAUAUUUAAUGAAGUCAAUUCUAAAAUUCUCAACUUACCAAUUUAUAGUUGCCGACGCCUGGAUAAUAAUCUCGAUAUAUUGAAAGGGAUCUGGGCAAACAAAUUUUUUAUAGCAAUCUUUAUAAUUAUGGUGGUUGGACAAUUUACCAUAGUAACAUUUGGAGGAGCAGCAUUUCAAACCCAAAAACUGAACAUAAUACAGUGGAUAAUAUGCAUCGGUCUGGGUUUCUUGUCUAUACCCGUGGGCGCGUUGAUUCGACUGACGCCUAAUAAACUCUUCGUGUUCAUGUACCCCAAAACGAAGAAAGAAGAGGGUGAAGUAUGGGACGACGCAGUCACGAAAAUACAGAGUCAGCUAAAAGUCUUCCAAGCGAUAAGGGGCGGGCGGGUGAGAGCGCAUUUUGGCGAUAGGACCAAUCAAACUUCGACUACCACAGCAGCGGCGAUGUUACCAAGUUUAUUUUCGGCGUCAGUUGGAGCGGGAGGCGCAUUGGCUGUAAGGAAUAAUUCGGGAAUUUCAACCAGAAAUAAUUCCAGUCAAUUCGACAUAGCGUCACGGAGACAGUCACGACAAAAGACGACAGGUGCUCAACAACCAAUUACUAGCAGUGGUAGCAGCGGCAGCAUCGGUAGUGGUGACGUGGUAUUGGAGGUAGAUGACGACACAGAAAUCAAAAAUGAUUCUUAG